AUGGCGAGCUCGGGCACGGCGGUCGACGGGGUCGGCGACGACGGCACGACGGGCGUGCCGGGCGGCGGGCCCAGGAAUCCUCUCACCUGCGGCGUCUGCCACGACUAUUAUAACGAGCCUUGCCUGCUUUCCUGCUUCCACACCUUCUGCGCACGUUGCAUACACGGCCCGCACCUCGACGGGAUGAUCAAAUGUCCCAUCUGCGGGCAACAGACGCAGCUGAAAGACGGAGCGCAACUACCACCUCCCGAUCAGCUGAUACGCCAACUGGUGGAACUGGCGAAUUCGGAGAAUCCACCGUGUGCCAAUUGUGAUAAGCGGGACAAGUCCACCAUGUUCUUCUGCACGACAUGCGGACAAGCGCUUUGCACUCACUGCAGGGAGCACACGCAUCGCGCGAAGAUGUUCUCCACUCACGAGGUGGUGCACAUGAGCAAAUGCGCCAAGGACACCCAACGCCGUUGUUCGAGCCACGGCGAGCAGUACAUCAUGUACAGCCAGAGCGCCAAGUGCAUGCUUUGCGCUACGUGUUUCCGCGACACGCCCGCGGACGCGCGGGUGCACUGCGUGGACAUCGAGAGCGCCUGGCAGCUCACGUCGAAGAAGUUGGAGCGCGCGGUUAAUUCGAUCUGCGAGCUCCAGGCCGGGAUUCGAGACGGCGUGCUCGCGCUUAAGUCGCAGCUGGACGAGUUGCGGCACAGUCUUGAGUCCGAGAAACGGGCGUUGAACGCGUUCUGUCAGGGUAUGCAAGAAACGAUCACGAAGACGCACGCGUACGUUCUCGCGGAGCUGCAGCGUCAAUUCGAGACGAAGGAACGGAUGGUGCGCACGCAGCUGCUCGCUCUCGGCAGCGCGCUACCGGUGCUUCAGAUGCAUCUGAUGCUGUGCACCAUGUUCACCAGCGGCGCGACGAAAUACCAGUUCCUCGAGCUGGCGCAUCCGAUGCUAGAGAGACUGAGCCGCGUAGCCCAGCUCGGCCAUCCGUCGCGACCGCCUCUGCUCGGCGCCCACAUCAAGGUCAAUUACCGGGCCGACUUUGCCCGCGCGCUCCAACCUUACCUGGGCCAAGUGCAAACGUCCAAGACCGCCGAGUCGCUGUACGAUCAGACAGUCGGCGGUAGUCAUACAAUUCAGCAGGAGUCGCAAUCAUCGCUUCAGAGCAGCAAGACUGCUCAAAGGUUGUCGUCCAAGAGCGGAACUGACAUCGGACUGUUCAACAAUCACUGUCGGACCUUCGACAGCCAGCUGAAGGAACUGAGUCAACAGUUGACGGCGGUGAAGGAACGUUUGGGCGAGUUGCAACGGGACGUUUCCGUUUUGAAGAGAGCGAACACACCGCCGCUUGGCACACGUUACGAUCACGUGGCGAGGGAUUGCCGUCUGUUGGAGCAACAGUUGGAGCAUCAUCAGAUAGAACUGGAGCGACUCCGAAUCGUCUUCGACGGGCUCUGGGAGGAGCAAGCGUGCAGAAUUCACAUGGAAAAGGAGAUGUUUCACGCGCAGAUGAAUGAUAUAUUAUCGCUGAGGAGCGAAGUGAAAAAGUUGCAGGCGCUUACGCAACAUCUCGAGCCAUUUGUCAAGUCGUUCUCGAUGGGCAUUAACGCCGGAGAGGUGAGUUUGGCCGCGGUGGACGCGGCCGACAAUCAACAUCUGCAGGCGCUGUUGGAUCAUCUGGCGCGUCUGCAAAUGCAAGAGCCGCCGCCUCAGGCCCAAGCGCCCACGAAAGAUCAUCGUCACCCACGUGGCACCGCUACAAGUGCCGACAAUGCGUUGUACAUGAAGGACGGCAAAGAAAUUCCGACGCGGUGUCGCACGCCAUCCGGCGGCGUGGGUGCCGUUCUGGAUUCGAGCGGUAACAUAGUCGUUUACGGAACGGCCAAGUCGACCGAUCCGAAGAGAGGUGUGCUAAGUCAAUUGAUCGAGAAGGCGCGGACGCAGAAGGACGAUCGCAAGAAAUCACCGGGCAGAGAGGACGGACGCGAUCGCAGUCAGAGCCGGCGAUCGCGCAAGUCGCCCGACGGCACGAAACCCAAGACGCCACCCGGACACUCCUCCUCAGGCGGCAAGAUGCGAUCGCUUUAUCGCUCGUUGAAAGGCGGAACCGGCGACACGUCCGCCGAGGCGCUCGAUCAGGCGGAGAGAUGCACCGACUCGCAGCAGCAGCCGUCGCAGUCGCACAUCGGAGAUGACGGCGAGUAUCAACGAAUCUCGGAGGCCUCGAGCAUGGGCGAGGUGAAGAAGCGCGUGCAGGCGCAAGUGCACGCGGUACAGGCCGAGGAUCAGGUGGCGAUAACGAGCGGCAAGGUUCCCAAGGUCUACCCGGCGAGCGACUCCGAGGAGCUGUUCUACGGCGACGGAAAAGCGGCGGAAGCUAGGAGGCGACGGCGCGCAAGCUGCGACAGUCUGAGCACGACUGGUUCCGGCAACAGCAGGCGAUCGAGCAUUGCUGAUGGGACGAAGCAGCGUUCCUGGGAGACCUUUCCAAGGCCGAAGAGCAAGCGAGGCGGCACAGGCGGAAGCGAGAGGACGGGCGCGUUGUCUCUCGGCCAGCUGAAGAAGGCCGACAGUUUCGAGGGUCACGAGGAGGCUGUGCGCACCUUGGUGGCGGCCGUGCAGGAGACGCGAUCCCAGCUGCGGCAUCACCAUCUUCAUCAUCAUCGUCAUCAUCGUAAAAGCAAAACGAAUUAAAUCAAGCGCGUUUUUCUCGUUUUUCUCUCUUUCGCGACUUCUCUUUGCCCCCCCUCCCAUCUCUCAAACGCGCGGAGAGAAGUCGCGCAAAGGCGAGAAUAUAAUAAUAAUAAUAAUAAUAAUAAUGUCCGCAGAUGUCCGAACGAAUGUCCGCGAGCCUAUAUUUGCGUAUAAGUAGUAAAAGAGAAUUAUCGAAAGACUUAAAAAAAAGCCGUGCUCCACGUGGCUCAAGUAUAUUUGUUAUUUAUUAGCGACGGAAGCAUAUAUAUAUAUAUACAUAUAUAUAUAUAUAUAUAUUAUAUUGUUGCGAAAGAGCCGACACAUUCUCGGCUUUUUUUUUCUGACGAUUUUGAACAUUCUAAAUACGGAU